AUGUCCGGGCACCCAGCGGAUGCGAUGGACGUCCGCCCUUGGUUUCAUUGGGAUGCCGAGGCUCCUCGUGGAUCGGGCAUGCUGACGCGACAUUCCGGAGAUGCCCAAGUCACCAUGGCGCCUGGUGGGGCGCCGAUUGGGGCAUAUCCUCCCAGCUUGGGUAAGAGCAAGGGCAAGGGCAAAGUGAAGCGCAAAGACGUGGAUGAGCACAUGCAAGGCAAGAGCAAGGUCAACGGCAAGGGCGAGGUCAAAGGCAAGGAUGCAGCCACAGUCAAGGGCACGGAAGUCGGUAAGGCUAAGGGUAGAAGCGCCGGCACGGACGACAAGGAUGUCCCUAAAGGAAAGGGCAAGGGAAUUGGUCAGCUCAGAGUCGAGGACGCUAUCAGCGGCAGGGAGGUCAUGGGCAAGGACAUGGCCGAAGUCAAAGGCAAGGGAAUCGGUAAGGCCAAGGACGAGAGAAGCGCCAACGGCAAGGGCAAGGAUACAGUCGAAGCAAAGGGCAGGGGAAUGGGUCAGGUCAAGGGCGAGGACGAUGUCGAUGUCAAGGGCAAGGAUGUGGAGGAAGACGGUGAGGCCAAGAGUGAAAGAAGUGCCAAGCAAGGUCAGGAAAAGGGUGAGGACGAUAUCCGCGGCAAGCAAGUCAAGAGCAAGGACAUGGCCGAAGUCAAGGGCAAGGGAAUCGGUAAGGCCAAGGACGAGAGAAGUGCCAACGGAAAGGGCAAGGAUACAGUCGAAGUAAAGGGCAUGGGAAUUGGUCAGGUCAAGUGCGAGGACGAUGUCGAGGUCCAGCACGAGGACGUGGCCGAAGCUACGGGCAAAGGAAUCGUCAAGGCCAAGGGCGAGAGAACUGCCAGCAGAAAGGGCCAUAGGCACACAGCCGACGUCAAGGAUAAGGGAGUCGGCAGGGUCCAGGACCAGGAUGCUGACGAAGUCACCGACAUAGAGGACCACGUCACCUUCAAGGACGACGUCGCCAAUGUCAAGGGCGAGAAAAACAUCAAAGGUCAGGGCAAGGGCAAGGGAAAGGGCAUGGAUGCUAAGGCCAACAUCAAGGGCGUGUCGACAACCUUCUCGCAAGCCAAGUGCGCCACUGACGCUGAGCCACCGUCACCAGUGUCGACGACAGCAACAGCGGAGCAUUUGUGGGCAUCUCCCGGCAAGGGGUCGUGCGUGUCAGCCACGAGCACUUGCGCAUCCCCAGACUUUGCAUCGUUGAAGGAGAUGGGAGCGGCUUGUGCUCGAGCCGAGGCUCUUCCGCAGCACCGCUGGCUUGCAGCCUCAAAGCAGGAAUCCUGCACAUCCCUGCCAGGGCCUCCCAUAGACCUUGCAUGGACAGCUGCUCUAGAGCAGGCUCUUCAUGGACCCUUAGACGACUCCUCGAAGCAAGACCUCGGACCCCAGCUACGCAGUCAAAGCCCCGGCGCAGCCAAAACCCGAUGGGCCAAGCAUCGGCGUGAACAGCGUGGGAACCACCACGAGUGA